CUCAAUACAGUUGGUGGGCCCAAUUACGCUCGGUCCAGCUCAUCUCAUUCAACCAUAGCCCAAUGGGCUGCAUCAAAGGACAAGGGGCACGUGGCGGAGUAUUACUGGCGGUACGGAAGCGACAGGACUCAAUUAGCGGCAAAAUCCCCAAUUCAUGAACUUCUUCUUGUCCAGCGCCUCUCCUUCACUGUCAGUUUAAUGGAAUCGCUGGGGAUCACACCUCUGCGCCACCGAACUCAGCACAUGAAUACGCUCUGCUCCAGGCUACGACCGAAGCUUCCACCAGCGAGCCUCCGCUUCAGGUCCCUCUUCUGCUCUUGCUCUCUAGCUCGGGAGCUAGCUGAAGUCGCGGUCUCGGAGACUCAGGGUACGGACAAUGCUGCCGCGAGGAAGAGGAGUUCCGGUGGCAGCGGAAAUGGGAGGGCUAGGGUUGGGGACAGGGUUAGGGUUAAGGUCAGCGACGCUCAGCUGAAGCAGAACUGGAUUGACUCUCUGUCUUGCCCAAUUGCGGACGGCGGUGGGGAUGUGAGUUGUGGUUCGGGCGGGCUGGACUGGGUUCUCGGCAUCGACCCGGAUGUCUCGGGCGCAGUAGCGGUCUUGAAGCCCAGCGAGUUGGGCUGUACGGCUCAGGUAUUUGAUUCUCCUUUUAUUCCAGUACUUGUUGGUAAAAAGGUUCGGAAGCGGUUGGAUCCCAAGUCUAUUGUGCAGUUGCUUCGGAGUUUAGACGCCCCACUCGGAACAAGAGCAUACAUAGAACAAUCAAUUCCAUAUCCGCAAGAUGGAAAACAGGGGUGGUGGAGUGGAGGAUUCGGGUAUGGGCUAUGGAUCGGGAUCUUGGUGACCUCAGGAUUCUCCGUUGUUCCAGUCCCAUCUUUACUGUGGAAGAAUGGAUUCGACCUCUCCGGAAGUAGAUCCACCAAGGAUGAUAGCCGAUUGCUUGCAUCAAAAUUAUUCCCUUCUCUGAGUGAUCAAUUGAAGAGGAAGAAGGAUCAUGGUAGAGCCGAGGCUCUGCUUAUUGCUGCCCAUGGCAAAGGGUUGAAGGUGGAAUUUGAUCUGCCAUCCAUUUCCAAAAACUGAUUGUUAUUUCUGGGAAUCUUUGGCUUCAAAUUCGUGUUGCCCCAUUAACUUCACGCGGGGUGCUAAGGAAUGCUCUUAACAGUGAUUAAACCUGAAGAAGGGGAGUGAGUUGAGAGCAAUAUCAAAUAUGGAAUACCCUUUGAGGAACUUCAAAUUCUUUCUCUACUACACGAAUGGCGCCCCCCAGAAGUCUGAGCAUCAUCUACAUCUCAAAGGCCAUCAAGCAGUUAUCCUUUACGGCUAUCUGCACACGUUGUCAUUGGCUAUAAAUGUUGGUUUCAAGUGUCUGUAAGAAUGUUAUGUUCACGACAUCGGAUUCUUCAAUAGCAAUCUAAAUUUAUGUUCCAAAUCAUGCUUCUCUUCC